UACUACGGUACCACGAGUGUGACACCCGCGCAAUUUUUAUGAUCAUCGGCCAUUACCGAAUUGAACCCUAACUGCAACUGCAAGCUUGCCGGUUGGAUUCAGAUAUAAGGAAAAAUCUCUGCUUCUCUGAAAAUUGAAAUUCUCCAACUCUAUAAUGAUCUGAGUUUCUUCCGAUCGAUCAACGUGUUUCGUCCAUGGCUAUCCAAUUCAAGUUCAGAAGCUCCGUGAACUUCGACUCGGUGGAUAUCCAAGGCAGACCUUCCAUAUCAAUUGGCGAUCUUAAAUCCAAAAUCAUUCGCAUGAAGAACCUCGACACCUGCCAAAACUUUGAUCUCGUUUUCUCCGAUGCCCGAACCGGUCAAGAUUUGACCGACGAGAAACUUGAAAUUCCGAGUGGUUCAUGCGUGAUUAUCAAGCGAGUUCCCGCAGGAUCAGUUCCUUCCAAUGUUGUGCGUCACGACUUGUUUGGGAAUUUUCAAGUCAAAGACACUCACAUGGUUAAAUCAUCUCGUCCAGUGGAUGUGGAGACAGAACAUUUUGAUGAUUUUGGCAUCGACUUAUACCCUAUUCGCAAAUCAAACUCAUCAAUUUCUCUCAAUAAUAAAAAUAAUGAUGCUGUUAGACAUUAUAAGGAAACCAAAAGAGGAUAUAUACAGCCUGAAGGAAGUGGCAUUAGUGAGGCCAUUCAAGGAGUUGGAGAAAAUGACCUGCGGACAAACAUAAAAGUUAAUGUUGGCGAGUGCAUUGGUUUGGAGAAACCAAUUGCACCAGUGAUUCAUAAAUGUGAAAUUCCUUCAGAACUGAAGUGUUCUCUUUGCAACUCACUCUUUGUGGAUGCUGUAAUUACUGGUUGCUGCAAGCAUAGUUUUUGUGAGAAAUGCAUUCAUCAUGUUUUGCUGCGAAAGACAAUGUGCCCUAAGUGUGCCUCAAGCAAAUAUAAACUAGAAGAUUUGUCGCCAAAUUUAUCUCUUAGGCAAAAUGUUACCCAUUUCCUUGAGUCUCAGUUCCUGAUGGGUGAUUCAGACAAUAAUCAUGAAGCACCAGACGAAGAAUCAAGAAUUGAAGGACAGGACAUGUGUUGUUUGCCUAAUGCUACCAGUAGAGGUUGUAAUCAAGAAGUGGUGGAUGACGACCAUGUCUCAUCAAUGAGAAGAAAUAUGAUGGUUAAAGUUGAUAGAGCACAAUUUCAAUCAUGCCAUCAAGAUAAGUUUGGUGGAAAACCUCUGGACCUCCCUCCUUUUGAUGAUUGUCAAGGGGAAAGCCAGCCUGUUUUUGGGGAUUUUAAGCAUGGGUUUCUGGUCAAUGACUUUGAUAUGCAAGGCAGAAUCCAAAAUCUCACAGAUUUUAGAAGACAGAAGAAGCGUGGCCGUGCUUGUUACAUGUGUGGUUCUCUGGACCAUCUCAUUAGAGACUGUCCAGUUGCUUCAAAGCCACAUCCCAUGCAUCUAAUGGGAGCUUUGCCAUAUUAUGCAUCACCUUGGCCUCAUGUCAGUUCAUUUCCUAACUUAUAUGGUUGCCCCAUGGCUUUCAAUGCACCAAUGGUGCCUGAUGCAAAUUCUUACUGGGCAUCUGUUUAUGGUGGAUAUCCUGCCCCAAGUGGAUUUGUGGGCAUGAGAGACAUGAAUGCUCCACCACUUCGGAAGACUGAAGAGUUCUGUGCUGGUAAUUCAGAAUUUGUACACCUUAGCGACACUGAUAAAAACAGGACAAUCCCAGAAAAUAGUACUUGGAGGGUAAUACCUUUCUCCAAUGAGGAUGGGAGUGAGGGAAAAGAUCAUGCUGGUAAUAAGAGAGGUCAACAUGAGCAAGAUGGAAGAUCAAGAGACUACAGAAUGUUUGUAGAAAAGGAACACCUACGUAAAGAAAAUACCCAAGAUGAAAUAAAUUGGCUCUAUGACGAGAAAAUGAAGAGUUCGCAUUCUCCUAAAGCUGCAAUGAUGAAUAGACUAAACGAGAGAUUGAAGUUGGAGAAAGAAGGCUUGACUUGCAGCACCAAAUUACCGACUAAUGAGAGAACUGGGCAUUACCAUAGAGGCUUCAGGGAGUUUGGUGCGAGGACAGAUGAAUGUUGCAGUCAUGCCGACUCGAAUGAGCAUAAAAGAUACAAACAAAAAGAAGAUAAAAUCGAUACAUUUGAUAUCGACUUAAAGUGUCAUACUAAGAAACAUCAUAGUGGCUCAAAGCCAGAUUUGGCACGUAGCUAUUCCAGCAAUCAGAAACUCCUACAAAAUGAUUCUGGUUUCAUCUCUAGAUAUUCUAAGCACAACGAGCUUACUCAAUAUCAUCAUCAAAUAGUUGGUGGGACAGAUGAUAGUCAUGAAGAAUGGAACCAUAAGUAUAAACGAAAAAGUUUGGAGUGUGGAAGCUAGCGAACGAGGCUCUUAAUUCAUGGAGCAACGGACGUUGAGUUUUGCCAAAUUUUUGUAAAGCUGAGAUUGUUGAAGCAGUUGAAGGUACGUUUCUAUGGAUAGAAUUAUGGGGCUUGAAAGCUUAUUAAAUAAUAAUCUAAUAAUCUAAUAGUUCAUAGCUGCUCUUAGAGUACGUUUAAAAUACAUUAUCAAGCGUUUAAUUUCAACACUUUUUUAAAAAAAAACUUUUAAAAAAUAAGGGUUAAAAUCUUAUUUUGGCACCUAAACUUUGCGUAUUGUUUUAUUUUGGUUCCUGAACUUUAAAUUCAGUUUUGGUCUCUGAACUUUGGAAAAAAACUUGCUUUGGUUCAUGCUUUUAGAAUUCCGUUAACUCUUUUAACGAAAUAAAGAUGGAAAUGUAACUUUCUAUA